CUCACCGCCCAUCCGAUCGCCAGACCAUAACAUAGUCAAGAUGGCCGCCACCACCAAUCCUACGAUUCCCGGAAGCCAGGAAGUCAAAGAUCUCACCCGGAUCGAGCGCAUAGGCGCUCACUCGCACAUCCGUGGCCUGGGUCUUGACGAUGCGCUCGAGCCCAGAACGACAUCCCAGGGCAUGGUCGGCCAGCUGCAGGCGCGCAAAGGCGCCGGCAUCAUCCUGGAGAUGAUCAAGGAGGGCAAAAUCGCCGGCCGUGCCAUUCUCAUGGCCGGCCCGCCCGGAACCGGAAAGACGGCCAUCGCCAUGGGAAUGGCUCAGGCUCUCGGCACCGAUGUGCCCUUCACGAUGAUUGCGGCCUCAGAAGUGUUCUCGCUCGAGAUGUCAAAGACCGAAGCACUCACACAGGCCUUCCGCCGAUCGAUUGGCGUCCGGAUCAAGGAGGAAACCGAACUGAUCGAAGGCGAGAUUGUCGAAAUCCAGGUCGAUCGAUCGGCCACUGGUGCGGGCGCCAAGUCAGGCAAGCUGACUCUGAAGACCACCGAGAUGGAGACGGUCUACGACCUGGGCCAAAAGAUGAUCGAGUCUCUCAACAAAGAGAAGGCUACUGCUGGCGAUGUUAUCACCAUCGAUAAGGCCACCGGCAAGAUCACCAAGCUCGGCCGAUCCUUCACGCGCUCCCGCGAUUAUGACGCUUCUGGCCCUGAGACCCGCUUCGUACAAUGCCCCGAGGGCGAGUUGCAAAAACGCAAGGAGGUCGUCCAUACCGUGACUCUUCACGAAAUCGAUGUCAUCAACAGCCGAUCACAGGGAUUUUUGGCGCUCUUCUCCGGUGAUACCGGCGAAAUCAAGCCCGAGGUGCGCGAUCAAAUCAACGCCAAGGUCGCCGAGUGGCGCGAAGAGGGCAAGGCCGAGAUUGUGCCUGGUGUGCUCUUCAUCGACGAGGUCCAUAUGCUCGAUAUCGAGUGUUUCUCGUUCCUCAACCGCGCACUCGAGGACGACAUGGCCCCCGUGGUUAUCAUGGCCUCGAACCGUGGCUACACUCGCAUCCGUGGCACAGACUAUCGAUCACCCCACGGCAUCCCAAUCGAUCUUCUCGACCGAGCGCUGAUCAUCAGCACGGGCUCGUACUCCGAGAAGGAGGUUCGGCAGAUCAUCGGCAUUCGAUGCGAGGAGGAGGAUGUCGACAUGACCGAUGAUGCCAAGGACGUUUUGACAAAGAUUGGCCUCGAAACGUCCCUACGCUAUGCCAUCCACCUUAUCACGGCGUCGUCGCUGGUUGCUCGCAAGAGAAAGGCCACCGAAGUCGAUGUCGAGGAUAUCAAGCGAGUGUACUCGCUCUUCUUGGAUGAAAAGCGCUCUGUUCAAUAUCUCAAGGAGUUCCAAGAGCAGUUCAUGUUCAACAGCGUCGAAAACAAGAUGGAUGUCGAUGUCUGAGCAAUGGCCAUCCAAGAACUAGCUGCGCGUACAUGUCCGACACUCGACCUUCGACACUCGGCCGUCAGCUUGGCUACUCCAUACAUGCACAUAUUUAUUGGCUUUUGUAUUUGGGAGGCGCAAUAGCAGCAAAUACAGUCCUUCCAAGAGCAGUUGACGAUCAGAUAUCCAGGAG